GCGCAGAAGAAGAAAUCUGUGUUCCAUGUGAGCUGGUCAGCAUGGCGCCUCCGGGAGGAAUAAACAAACCGAAAACUGAGUUGGGGAAGAAGCUUUUCAAGCGCCGGCGAGUUCUGAGCCGCGAGAAGAGGAAGCGGCAUCAGAUCGUGGGAGCUGUGGUGGAUGAAGGUCUCAUCACCAUCCAUCACCUGAAGAAGAGAAGGACGAGUCCAAGAGCCAACAUCACGCUGUCGGGGAAGAAGAAGAGGAAGCUGAUCAAACAGCUGCGACACCAGCAGAAGGAGAAGGCCUCUAUGGAAGUGGGAUCAACAGCAGCACCACAGAAGAAGCACGACACCUCAUCAGCUCAGACCAAGAAGAAGAACAAGAAGGCGUCCGGAUGCCAGGACGAUGUAGAGAUGGUGGAUGUUGAAUGAAGACAUGUCUGCAUUAUGAGUCCCUGCUCAGACGUCCAGGCCGGCGCCUCAACUUUGAGACUUAUGGACAAUCAGGACGUCGGUCCUGUAGUUUGUUUCUGCAGAAGAAAAAACUACAACAGUUGACAUGGAAGCCCCUUUCUGCCAAAAAUGCAGAAAAAAAGAUGUUUCCCCUUAAAUAUUAAUUGAGCUGCUUUUAUUUUGGUUGUAAAUAAAUCUGAAUUUGUUUGAGGCUCACGCUGUUUGAUUUUUAUUUCAUUUUUUGCAGAUUUUUAACCAAAACAGCUUUAAUCGAUUAUUUUAAAAAACCCUGAGGUUAUUCUAAGUUACAUUAGUAUGUUAGUGAAAAGACCAAAUGUCUUUCUAUGAUGUAAAAGUUUUGUGAGAAUUAAAAAUGUAACUUCACUGGCAAAAAUGUGAAGAAAUCUGAAAUUGUUUUAAAUUUACUGUCUGAAGAUAUUUUUGUAAUUUUUGACUAACCAAAGGCAUUUUACACUGUUUCGUUUUGUUGUUUGGCAGAAAUGGGUUUCAAUAUGUGAUUGGGUUUUUAUUUUAUAUCUCUGUUAGUGUCGCAGCACCUGCAGAGUUUGAGGGCAACAUUUGGACCCGUGGUUGUUACAGCAUUCAUCUUGUAAGCUUGUUUAAUUAAAUGGGUCAUGAGCUUUGACCUUUAACCUUCUGUUUCACCUAGUUCAUUAAAAUUUUAUACAUCAUCAGAAGUUUCUAUUCAUAAUUUAGAUUAUAUAAUAAUUCUGAUUUUUUUUUUAACCUUCUUUGGUUGUUGAUUCAUAAAUAUUUUACUUAUUAUUUUCCUGACACAGUUUGGUAAACAUUUGUGCUUGAUGGGAACACGCUGGUUCAAAUGUAAAAUACACAUUAAAACUGUAAUUUUGGCUUUUCAGCAGUUUAUGUUGAAAGAAAAUUUUGUUACAGUUUAACAUAAACUGUUCACUUCUGACACGUUAUUCAAAUAAGGACCUGAUAAAUCCUUAUUUAAUUUUUGCUGACUUCAGUUGGGGAGUCACUGUAAGUGUAAUAUAUGAAGUUGAGAUAUAGAUAUGUGUAUAAUUUUCCUUUUGUUUAUUUUUUGAUUACAGAUUUUCACCAACUCCUAAUUUUAUUUUUAGUUUCAUUCAUUUGCAAAAAAAUGACAUUUUAUUGGGAAAUAAAAUCAUAGGGUUCCAUGCAUAAAAGUAUUUUGCAUUUGUUUUGUUUUGGGGGGAUUUUUUUUAAUGUAUGUCACCAUUUGUGUUUUCUUACAUACUUUGAUGAGCUUCCAUAUGUCAAGUCAUGCUUUAUUACAUUUUUAUAGGUGGUUAAUUUGGGUUUAUUUUAAGAAAUAUGUUCUCUUAUGAUUUUUAUGA